CACUGUUCCCUGCUAUGUUUCCAGUUCCAGAGGGAAAAACACAAGCUUGUACGUUGAGUGUGAGUCAUAACCUCUCUUCUGCUACUGACUCACUUGGGAGUUUGAGGGUCGCGUGUUAGUUUUGUUGGAGGGGGGUGCAGGCUCCUUACUACUCGUUGAGAGCGCUGGCAGAUGUCCCAAGUGAGAGAACCUCUUCCUCCGGGGCCUGAAGGGCCAGAGCAAGCGCCGACUGAAAACAGCUCUUUGAUCCCUCUCCCUCGAGAAAAAACUGACCAAGAGAAUCCUGCGGCAGGAGAUAAAGACAUAAACCAGCCUUCCAGUAACCUAAGUAUACAACCAGAGAUACAAGACCAGUCCGUCUGGGGAAAUCGCACUGAUGGUGACCUCAUCAGAACACAACCUCAACGUUUGCCUCAGCCGAAUACUUCAGCACUGGAAAGGGGUGAGGAAGAAAGUGGCAAAAUCCAAAACGGCCACGCAGGUCUGAGUAAUGGAAGUGGAAUUCACAACGGGGUCAAGCACGCACCUGCAGACAACAGAAAACUUUCGGCUCCUGUUUCAGAAAAAAUGCACAGAAAAAUUCAGUCCACCUUGUCUGUCAACAGCAACAGCAGCAAGAAGAGUAAAAUAAGCUCUGCAUUUUCUCAAAAGCCAGGUACUUCACCUGAAGAUUGCUGUGUUCACUGUAUCCUGGCUUGCUUGUUCUGUGAAUUUCUCACCCUCUGUAACAUUGUUCUGGGACAAGCAUCCUGUGGCAUCUGCACGUCGGAGGCCUGCUGCUGUUGCUGUGGGGACGAGAUGGGGGAUGACUGUAACUGCCCGUGUGACAUGGACUGUGGCAUAAUGGACGCGUGUUGUGAAUCUUCAGAUUGCUUGGAAAUCUGCAUGGAAUGCUGUGGGAUCUGCUUCCCAUCAUGAAAUGCUUAGCCCUUUUUAUUUUAUUCUCUAUAAAACUGGAGAGCUUUUCUUUAAAUACAUUUGAAGAAAGACAAGGUAAGAUUUUCACACAGCCAACUGGUAUUGCACUGUUGAUUCCCUAUAUAUAAAUAUUUUUUUUUUAAAGCAAUCCUCAAAUCUGUAUUCUAACACAAAUUGUGUAGUUUUUUUAUGUGAAACUCAAGCUACAUUCCAACUUCCUUUUGGCUUUGCAAAUGGAAGACUUCAUUGAAACCGAAUUACAGGCCCAAUACCGCAGGCUGUAUGAGGGCAAAAUUGCCAUUCGAAUUGAGUGACAGGUUUUGGUCAGAGAAGAGACUACAGGGCAAAGCCUUAAGUAUUUGCCUUUACCUACUUUAAUGUUUAAACGCUUGAAUGCCUCCAUGCAUAACAUGCCUUUACAGGCAUUCCGAAAGGCAAAAUGUCUUUAUUUCAAUCUCUUUGGGUUGAAAGCAGCUUUGCUCUGUUAUUUUAAACUUAAUUCAAAAGUCGGCAUCGGGAAUCUACUGUUGGUUUUGCUACAGUGGUCACAUUGGCAAUAUUUCUUUUGUUUUGAAUGUCUCAUUGCUCUGUGAGGGAUUCCUGGUGUUUUCCAUUGUCAGUACUGAUGCUACAGGAAGGUCUGGCAAACUAAAGUCAAUGUAAGUUUUGCCAUGGACUACAGUACCAAGAUUUUGUUGUUACCAGUCAAGAGAGAAUAGAGAACUUACAUUUUACUUCAGUACUAAUAUUACUUGAAAUGCUUCGUUUUAGAAAGAGACUUUGGAAAUCUGUGUAGACAUGAAAUAUAGCCUUAAACUAACAGACUAACACAUUUUAAAAAACUGGCUAUAAAAGGCAAGUUUUCAGAAGUUAACUCAAGAAUCUAAACCUGUACAUUAGUGGCCCUUGUCAGUGGGGCCAGUAUCACAUAACUUAGUGUUUAUUUCUUCUCUGUGUGAGAAAGAUCCACAGAGGAUGACCGAAUUUAAACAGGGUUAUAAAAGAGCAAAUUAAAACUGACUUGAUCAAGGAAUUCUGUCAUUGAAUGCAAAAAGCAAAUGCAAAAAUGUUUAUUCUCAGAUACAUUUUAAGUGUUAUCUUUAAAUAACUGUGUAAAAAAAA